CAUCGACCGCCACACCGCCGCGCCGGCGAGCAGGGGGGAGUAAAGCGAGGCGAUCGCGGCGGCAAAGAGAAAAGCUUAAAAGAGCUGGUCGUCACGUUGGGCGCCUCUCUCCUUCCCCACCUUUUUUCCCCUCUUGAGAUCGAUGGCAGCGCAGCAGCAGGCCGCCGCCGCCUCGGUGCUGCAGAGCUUCCCGUUCAGGGCGGCCGUGCUUGCGCUCUGCGUCGCGCUGCUGCCGCUCCUCCCCGCGGCGCCCGAGGCGGGGACGGGGGAAGCCGGCCAGGCGUUCCUCGCCAAGGCGUGCGAGCUGCUGCACCUGCUGUUCAUCGGGAUCGCCGUCUCGUACGGGCUCUUCAGCCGCAAGAACACCGCCGACGAUGGGCGCGCCGGGCACGCCGCCGCGGAGAAGGACGCCGCCGCGGGGCCGGAGCCGGCCAAGGCGGACGCGCGGUACGCGUGGCGGAUGUUCAGGGACUCGAUCGCGCCGUUCGACGACGAGGAGGACGACGAGGUGCUGCCGGACAGUCCUUCCGGCGGCGGCGGCGGCAGAGAGAAGAUGAGGUCUUGGAGCGCGCUGCACCGGCCCGAGGACCCCGUGGUCGUCGUGUCCAACGGCGGUGGCGGGCGGAAUGGGCACGCCGCGGACGCGCAGGCGCCGCUGUCGCUGCCCGUCCGGACGCUGAAGCCGCAGUCGGCGCAGGACGCCAGCGCGGGCGGCGGCGAGACGCCGCGCUCGCGGUCGCGCCGGGGCUCUCAGGACCCUGCGACAGGCGGCGCCCGCGACGAGACCGUGCUACCUUCGCCGAUCCCGUGGCGGUCGCGGUCCGGGAGGCUCGACGCGGGGCGGCCCGCGUCGCCGAGCCCCUCGCCGUCUCCCAAGAGGCUCUCCCCUGCGUCGUCCUUGGCUAGAGAAACGCUGGCCAAGGCCAGCGAGGAGGAGUACUACGCCAAGCGGAGGAGCCCGUACAGGUCUUCGUCCAUCUCCUCGCCACCGCCGGCACCACCUCCGCCGCCGCCCCCGUUCCUUGUCCACGGUUACCACCCGGCGGCAGAACGCCGGGCGGCGGUGGGAAAAAGCUUCAAGGAGGAGCUGCAGCAUCACAGUAUGAGAGGCCGAGGAGAAGACCACUACUCGCCCAAUACGGGCGUCUUCAGCACCUCUGCUUACAGCAGCAACAACUCCUCGACGGCAAAGCCAAGAAACUCUUUCGACGGCGGCGGCGGCUCCUCCUCGUCGGCUUCAGUUGGUAAGUCGGUGAGAACGAUCAGGGCAAGGGAGCCCGCAGCCUUCCAAGGCCAAAGCCAGGAACUGCCUGACGACGCCGGCGAUGGCCGUGACGCAGUGGGCAUGCACGGAUUGGAGGAGUCGUAUGGUUACAGAGCCUACCAGUCCAUUCCCAGGUUCCAGUACGAGAGGUCAGUGAGCGAUCCUAUCUUGGGCGGGGUCGCCGUGUCCUCGGACGACACCGAAAGCAGCGACGACGACGACGUCGGCGCGUACUCGACGAGGACCAACUCGCCGAGGGAGUCGACGCCGGAAGUAGACGAGAACGAGGUGGACAAGAAGGCGGAGGAAUUCAUCGCCAGGUUCAGGGAGCAGAUCAGGCGGCAGAGAAUCGAGUCCAUAAAGAAGUCCGCGGGGCCGCGGGGCGUCAAGCACCACGCCAAGUAGAUCGCCGGCCGACGAUGACCGUCUGUUUUCGUUUUAGUUACGUAGCUGGAUCAUCCAGACUUCAGAGAUAAAAGGAUGCCGCAUAUGAUAGUUGCCUGGAACCACUUGUAAACAUUCAUGUAGGUGAUGAAUGGAGGUGUUGUUCAUGCAAGCCAUGAGUGUAUUUUUUGGCCAAGAGAUCGAUCGGCUUCUGCAAUCAAUCUCUUGGUGGCUGGCUGAUCAGGCAUUUGUUUUGCCUCAAGCGACCAAUAGCUUAGUCGUCUUAUCUUGCUACUGAUCUGGUAGUAACAAGAGAAUAUAGCAUCUCAAAUUAUUAGCUGGUGAA